CGUUGUUCAUUUGCUGAAUAUAUCCUCUUCUUAGGUUUCCAAUAGUCAGAAAAUGGAGAAAAGUGCACUCAUUCAACAACCAAGUGAUCGCAUUCAGUCCCUCCAGGAUGAGGUUUCCAAUAACCACAAAAUGGAUAAAAGUGCACUCAUUCAACAACAACGUGAUCGCAUUAAGUCCCUUUUGGAUGAGGGUUUGGUUGAUUGCUAUUUCCGACAAAGCUACUCAUUGAAGGAGGACGUGCGUCCUUCUUUCUUCCUGGAUCUAGUUCCGAGUUUUUUAUGCGAUGCUCGCAAUGUUAUGCGAGAAAUGGCUACGGUUCUUGAGUCACCAGUUGUGGACUUUGAUGUUUUAAAUGAGCAUUGUAUCAAGCUGAAAGGAGGUUCUUCAUGCAUUGGAGCCUGUAAGGUUGCGAAUGUAUGUUAUGAUUUUAUCCGGGCAAUUGACAAGAAAUCCAAGGAUGAGUGUCUGCAGGCAUUUAGAAACUUCACACGAGAAUAUCAUGAUCUUCAGAGCAAACUGGAAAGCAUUAUGCAGCUUGAGAGGGAAAUCUUGUCUGCUGAGAGCUCAAAGUCCGUGAUCGGUGAGCAGUGAUUCUCUCAUCAUAUUGGACUGGAGUAGCGGCUUCCAUAUUCGAAGAUGAAGAAUCAAGCAAUGGCCUAGGCAUGGACUUCUCUAUUACAAUUCUGCUGCUAGAAAAACUAUGAAAUAUAAUGUUUAAAACUUUUUAGUCACCAUACAGGUGCAAUGCGUUUGUAUAAGACAACUGUAGUAUCUUCACUUACUUAUCUUGCUUUUUAUUUUA